AUGUAUCGCCUCAAGUUAGAGGUAUUCACGGCCGUUGCGGCUUGGGCUUUUUCCGCGGCCUCUUUGACUUUCCCUAGCGGUAUCGAGGGCGGCCUUUGCCCGCGAGGCGAUGCGGACUUGGAGGCACUUGGAAAGAAGCUUUCGAGCACUGCCAAGGUGUAUUCUCCGGGUUCAACUGGGUUCACGGAUGUCACAACGCGGUGGUCUGCUUUAGCUGAACCUAAGGUCAACAUUGUCGUUGUGCCCGGCAAUGAGAACGAUGUUGUUGAGACGGUGAAAUUCGCCAACAAGAAGGACCUGCCCUUCCUCACGUACAAUGGUGUCCACGGAGCCCUCAUUUCGCUGGGUAAGAUGGACCAUGGAGUCGGAAUCUCGUUGAGCCAGCUGAGCAGCGUCAAAAUCGCCGAAGAUGGAAAGACAGCCACUAUGGGUGGAGGAACCAUGUCUAAGGUGGUCACCGACUCGCUUUGGGCCGCAGGAAAGCAGACAGUUACUGGAACCUGUGAAUGCGUCAGUCUUCUCGGACCGGCCCUUGGCGGUGGACAUGGAUGGCUCCAGGGCCACCACGGACUCGUCUCUGACCAGUUCGUUUCUAUGAAUGUCGUUCUCGCCGACGGUACCUUGAAGACGAUUGACCAGAGCUCCGACCUCUGGUGGGCGAUGAAGGGUGCUGGACACAACUUUGGCAUUGUGACUUCUCUCACCAGCAAGAUCUAUGAUAUCCAGCACCGUGACUGGGCUAUCGAGACGAUAUCUUUUAGUGGCGAUAAGGUUGAGGCUGUCUACGAGGCUGCCAACGAAUAUCUUCUGAAGAAUGGCACCCAGCCCGUUGAUCUCAUCAACUGGUCGUACUGGAUGAACAACCCCGAUGUUGACGCUACCAACCCCGUCAUCGUAUUCUACAUCAUCCAGGAGGGAGUGAAGGCCGUUGACUCGAUUUACACCAAGCCUUUCCAUGACCUCGGACCGCUUUCCGUUGUGCCCCAGGCAGGCACCUACAAGGACCUCGCUGCAUGGACCGGCAUUGCCCUUGACUCCCCGCCAUGCCAAAAUGCCGGGUACGCUAACCCCCGCUUCCCCAUCUAUCUCCAAUCAUACGACAUUGCGGCCCAGAAGAAGGCAUGGGACAUCUACGCACCUGCUAUCAGUGGAUCCUCUGCCUACAACAACUCAAUCCUCAUGUUCGAGGGUUACUCCUUCGGAGGCGUGCACGCGAUUCCUAGCAGCUCGAGUUCUUUCGCUUUCCGCAGCGAGAAUCUCCUUGCCGCUCCCCUCAUCAACUACCCGCCCGGCGAUGCAACAGUUGCCGCCAAGGCGGUUGAUCUGGGUAAACAGCUCCGCAACAUCCUCUUUGAAGCCAGUGGCCUCGAGGACAUCCGCGCAUAUGUCAACUAUGCCUACGGAGACGAGACAACGAAGCAGCUGUAUGGCGAUAGUGAACAGCGCCUGCUGGCCUUGAAGAAGAAGUAUGACCCGACUGGCAAGUUUAGCUUCUACGCACCUAUCGCUUAG